ACAUGGAGUUGAUUGUCAAUUGUCCCAGUUGCGAGGCAUUCCGUGAUCGUCUCCAGAUAAGAGGUAACCACACUUUCGUCGUGAUCGGCAUCUUCGCGUUUAUUCUGUUCCGUUUUUACUUGCAAACCGAAAGAAGUGAAAAUGUCGAGACGAUCGUAUAAAGAAAUGCCGGAGAAGGUUGUCCUUGAGAAGACUGGCACCCACGUCGAAGUAACAGCUGGACCUUACACGAAGCGAGAAUUGCGUCAGUUGCUGCUGUCAUCGCUCUCGCUGCUUUCUGGAAUCGGGGAUCGAGAGACCGAGCUGAUGAGGCUGUCGGGUCUGGAUCCGGACGAUGUCCGGAGGUUCAAAGCUGGCCAGACAUUCGGUGCUGAUGGGAAGGAACUGUUCGAUCACCCAGACAAGACAUCCGCAGCUUUACGGCUCGUCGAAUUGAUCGCCAAUGAAGGGAAGCGUGACCUUGAAAAUGAUCUCGUUGAUCUACUUCGAAGCAAAGGCAUCAGUGACGAUCUAUUGAAACGGAUUCUCACCUAUGGGCUCAACGACGAGACAAUCAGAUUGUUGAAAGCAUUGGGUUUCACUGACGAAGAGAUAGCUCGACUGCUGGGCAUUUGGCAAGUAUUGCAAGCUGAGCAACGCAGCACGUCGGAAGAAUCUUGCCCAUCGAUGCGGUCUUAUUCGGAAGAGUACAUGACCCUCGAGGGUUUUUACUUGAUGAGUAAUUUCAGGAAUCCCUUGACGAAGGCUCUCAGCGACAUUGUCAGCAGAAAGCCUUACAAUCCUACUGAGUAUCUCGGUCACUGGCUUCUCAACUACAAGAUUUGUGAAGAGCGUGCACAAAAGCAGAAGGAAUUCGAUGCUGAGCUUCAGGCUGAGAGAGAGAGACUUCGAAUCAAGGUCGUCUCUGAACCGGACGACUUGGAACGAGACGAGGAUAUGGAGGGAGAGUCGGUCGACGACUGGAAUUUCAUCGAGUACGAAGCGGACUAGAAUGCCUGCUUCAUACGAAUGAAGGUUCCCGUCAUCUCAAUGUCGAUAGAAAUGAGUAUAAAGUAGGUAUACAAUAUUUAUUUAAAUAGGUAUACAUAUAAUUGAUUAAUAUUUUCUGCCCACUUUUUUGCUAUGUCAUCAUUGCCAAGAGAUAAAAUUGUACUCUUCUUUUCUGCAUACGAAAAACCGUCAACUUAUUUACUAAAAGAAAUACUGAUAAUUGUGAAACACAGCCGUGAAUCAUUGCUCUUUUUGCACUCGGGACUCCUAUAUAUUAAAUAUCUACGUAUACGCACAGCGUAGCUAGAAUGA